AUGAAUGCCACAAAGUUUGUUGUGCUUCUGAUCUUUGUUGGAGCUGUGUGUGCUAUUAAUGUUGGUACAAGGAUGCUCGAAGAAGCUGUGCCCCAAGAGGCCAAAUUAGGCAUCUCUGUUCCUAAAACUGCCACUACUAUUACCAAUGGCCUUGGAGCUGAGCUUGCAAGAGUUGUGGUUUCCGGUAGCGCUACCCAUUAUUCCACUAGCACUGCCCGUGCUGCUGAAGGUCCUGGCCGUUCUGACGCUGAUGGAACCGGAUCUACUUAUUCAGAUACCUACGGGUAUGUCAUUGCGGAGGGUCCCAAGAGGGCAAACGCUUAUAUUAACAAUGGCGCUUCCGGUAACACCGGUGCUGCUGCUGCAGUGGGUCCCGGUGGUGCCACUGGAACUGGAAUUGGUAACGGAGGUGCAGGCACCAAUGCUGGUGGCUCUGCCAAUUAA